GAACGAAGAACGAUCAUGUACUCGGCCUCUGCUGCGCAAAAAGCCAAACGCCGCACUCACCAGCGGCCCGAGCUCUCUGACGAACAGAAGCAGGAAAUCAAGGAGGCAUUCGAGCUCUUUGAUACCGACAAAGACGGCGCGAUCGACUAUCAUGAACUGAAGGUUGCUAUGCGUGCUCUGGGUUUUGACCGCAAGAAGGCGGAAGUGUUGAAGAUACUGCGAGAUCACGAUAAAUCAGGCCAUGGUCUGAUGGAGUUCGAGGACUUCGCGAAAGUUAUGUCAGAGCACAUACUUGCCCGUGACCCCAUGGAGGAGAUAAGACGUGCAUUCCAGCUCUUCGACGAUGAUAACACGGGUAAAAUUUCAUUGCGGAAUUUGAGACGUGUAGCCAAGGAGAUCGGCGACCGGCUGGAGGAUGACGAACUUCAAGCCAUGAUCGACGAAUUCGACCUUGACCAAGAUGGCGAGAUAAACGAGCAAGAAUUCUUCGCUAUCAUGACGGACGACGCGUAAAGCAUUCCUCUAUCCCUUUGUUUGGGUUGUCAUUGUUCUCGCGCAUCCUGCAUCCGAUAACCACACAUCGUCUGUCCGUAUGUACGAUCUUCGUCACGUUUCUCAUGGCUGGGAUCGCUGAAGCUGCAAUGCGCAGACCUGUCACUCACCUAUAAUACACUGCUACAAUCUAGUUUGUCCCUAACCACGUACCGCACGAUUCUUGAUUGUCGUGUUUCAUCAUUGCGACCUCUAACAAUCGUACACAAGUGCAUGUAUAGUAGUAGAGCUUGAUGAUAACACUCGUAA